GUUGUGGUCAGAGUAACCUUGAAUUGGAUGCAGCGUGAUUUGCGAUAAGUAGAAUGACGGUUUCGUGAUUUGCGCUUCAAGCGAUCUGUGCAGCAGGGUGGCAGAAGUCUCUUGUGUCGUCUGAUGUUGUCGUCUGCAUUCUGUCACCCAAAUAUUGAUUGUAAACACUCGGCUUUCUGCCGAUGAUCAAAAUAGUCGAUGACAAGAAAAUGAAGCUACUGUCUUUUUUAUACGUAGGAUUAGUACUUUUUCAUGCUCAGGAAGUACGCGCGUAUGGAGUGAAUGGUGGUAUUGAAUGUGCAGCAUGUACCAUUGUUACUGGAAUAUUUGGUCAAGUGGCUGAAAUCAACAAUGCAAGUGUUUCUAACAUAACAUUACGUAUUUGCGAUCAUUUACUUUGGCCAUCAGCUGAAAAUGUGUGCCGUGAAGCUAUCCAAACCUUGGAACCUCUUCUUUAUUUGAUAGUUGAACUGGAAGGAAUAACUGCAGAUACAAUCUGCUAUGGAUUGGACAUAUGUCAUCAAGAUCCGGGUGAAGAAGUUUGUCAUUUGUUCCCAGCUCCAACACAGAAUACAUUUAAAAGUGGUAUUAAAACUGUUAGGGAGAAGGUGAAGCCUCUUUAUGACAAGUGGUAUGGACCAAAUCACAAAGGAACCCACAGUCUAUGUGAGAUACCGGGCCUUAAAGAGUUUUGCAUUUAUAUAGCCAAAACUUUUUCUACCAUGGCACCUGCUUUUGAUUUGGAUCAUGACAAAUUUAGUUCUUUAGAGACAUGGAGAGGAUCAAAUUGGCGUGGAAAAGACUGUUCAGAUUUGAAUCCCAAAAUAUACCCUGGCCAUCUUCCACACUAUGCUGAUGUUAAUUAUGAUGGGAAUUGCAAUGGCAUUUGGGGUCUUGAUAAAGAAACAGGAAUUCCAUGGGAAACAAAAUUAUGUGGCUCUAGUAAAUCACGUGGUAUUCUAAUGUUUGGAGACUCUGUAGGGGCACACUUUCACUUUCCACUGGUUUGGUUCAGUCCCAAGUUGAUUUCAAAAGAUACAUUUUUUAGGAAUGCCACACGUGUCCUACUAGAUGAGUUGGACUGGCCUCAAUAUAGUUUCUCAACUGGCUUCAAAAAUGUAACUGAUCCUGGGUUGAUACAGGGACAAGUUGAUUCUGUUUACCUGCGAAUGAGGAAAAGAAACUUAUGCAAUCACAGAGAUUACCAGAAUGUUUGUCGGAAUGGAGCCACAAGCUUUGACUUGGUAAAUUAUGUUGGAAACAUUGCAAGGGGUGCAGAAGACAAACCUCUUACAAUCCUUCUUGGAGUUUUUGGAAAUGAUGUCUGCAACAGAUUUCCAAAUACUUUGUCAAACAUGACUUCAGCCAAACAAUUUUAUAAAAACAUCAAAGGGAUCAUUGAUACUCUGGAAUCUUCCCUCCCACCGGAGAGUCACAUAAUACUCCUUGGUCUUGUAAAUGGCAGUUUUAUUUAUGACACACUUGCAGAACGACUUCAUCCCCUAGGAGAAUAUCAUGGUGAUGUGAAGUACAAGGAUGUGUUCAAGUGGUUUGAAUGCAUGCAAAUUACUCCUUGCAGAGGAUGGCUAAGUGAUCAGAAGGAUUUAAGAGAUGCCACAACCAAGCGAGCAUUGGAGUUGACACACAUGAUGAAAUAUAUAGCAUCAAGCUAUGUUUCAAAGAAAAUAUCAGUGAGCUUUGUUCCAAAUCCUCUGAGCGAAGUGAUACAGAGAUGGACGGCCAAAGGUGGCAAAAUUUGGCAACUGUUUGAGGCAGUGGAUGGAUUUCAUCCAGAUCAGAUUGCUCAACCUAUUAUUGCUGAUGUACUAUGGAAGAAUAUCAAACUGACUGCCCCUGAGUCAAUUGGUCCUAUCAACCCAUUCAAUGAGGAAAUUGAGAGAAUAUUUGGUGAUCAAGGUGGUCAUUAGACUGAAUACUUUUAAAUGCAAAUGGAAUGGUUGAAAAAUAAAGAUACAAUAUUGAAGAA